AUGCAGAGGGAGCUGAACACCAAAGGAGGCGAGGGCGCCGACGUCAAAGACGGCAGCUCGUCUCACAGGGGGGCGUUCUCACCUCAGGAGAACUCUCCGAGAUCACCUCGAACUCCCAGAAGCUCCACCCCCGUCCCCCCCACGCGCUCCUAUUCGGACUCUGACACCAUGCUGGAGGAGCAGGGCGCCGCCACGAGGCUCAAAGGCCCCACCGAAAACCUGUUUCUGGAUGCUCUGUCCCUGGACCCCCUCAGCUGUCUGGAAGUCCCUCCACCCUCCAGACUGGAAGCAGAGAAGAGGUUCCCCUGCAUGAAGGAGGCCCUGAAUGAGAUUUCAGAGCGAGAAGAAUCUGCUGCCUCCCCAGAGGAGGAGAUGAGAGAAGGGGGGAGUCUGCUGAGGGCCAAGUCUGUGUGCUCCAUGAGCGACUUUCAGCGGUUGAUGGACAGUUCGCCGUUCCUCCCCGACAAGACGCACCAGGGUGAACACGGCCACGACGACGCCACUCCCCCCCUUUCUCCAGACGACCUGAAGUACAUCGAGGAGUUCAACAAUAAGGGCUGGGAAUUCCCUCUGUCCACUCCGGGCCCCCGUCCCAUCCGAGAAGUGUGGACAGAAAAGUCUGCAGAAGUCAAAGAAGGGGAACCCAGUCCAUUCCAGCCGCCCUCUUGGUUCCUCACCACCAGCGCCACCUUGACCACCAGCACCCUGAGCAGUCCCGAGCACUGCCACAAGUCCCCACUCAGGGGCAACGGAACUGGGGCAGCAGAUGUAGGCGUGGAGCACUACGGGCUUCACGCCAGACACGGGGGGGCAGAGCUCGCCACCGCUCAAGACCCCGAUUCUCUAUUCGCCAAGGGGAGCAAAGGCAGGGCUGAAGGGGAGGCCGGGGUGGGAGCAGGCACGUCCGAUGAGGUGUUCGGCGGCGUGCGGUGGCCUUGCAUCCUGGAGGGUGGGGGGCUAAGGACUCCUCAAAGUCAGACCCCUGUGUGUCCCACAGUGGGUUAUGCAUCUUCUCUGGAGCUUGAGCUCUCCAGAAAUUUGAGCGAUGACAUGAAGGAGGUGGCCAUCUCCGUCAGGAACGCCAUCCGCUCUCCUCAGGGACCCGCAGUCCGCGACAUCGCCUGCCAGACUAACGGGCUGACCACACGGGGUACUCAGACCACCCAGACCAUCAAUGUGGGUCUGCAGACGGACCUGCUGCGGAAUUUGACCAGCAGCCCCCACCGCUGCCUUACACCAAAAGGCGGAAGCACACCCAUCUCCUCUCCGUCACGGGGCACGAGGAAGGUCCAGUACUCCCCCGUGGUGCAGAGCAAGUUUGAUCGUCCCUGCUGCUCGCCAAAGUACGGCUCGCCCAAGCUUCAGCGCAAACCGUCCAUACCCAGCAAAGCCGAGCUCCAAAACAACAGCCGAACGCCGACCCCCACCACGCCUCAGAAGGGCAACAGUGAGUCAGCAUGGGCGCGCUCCACCACCACCCGGGACAGCCCCGUGCACACCACCAUCAACGACGGCCUCUCCAGCCUCUUCAACAUCAUCGACCACACCCCCGUGUCCUACGACCCCAUCCAGAAGUUCAACAAGUCUCCGAGUCGCUCCCGCCCCACACCACCCCCCACCACAGAGCUCAGCCCCGCUCAUGGGCACGAGUGCCUGCGGGCCGCCCGGGGCCGCUCCCCAAGCCCCGUGCACCUGAUCGUGGAGACGCAGGGUGACAAAAACCCAGAGGUGGUGAGCAUCAGGCAGGACCUGUCAGCCCCCCCGGGAUACACGCUGGCUGAAAACGCAGCCCGCAUCCUCAACAAGAAGCUGCAGGAGCAGAACUUUAGGGAGGAGAGGCGGCUGCAGGCGGGGCCGAGCAGCCACAGCCGGCAGGCGGACUCUGACAGAGGACAGUCUGGAUGUAUGGAGGACCUCCCUCGCUCUCCGGUGGCCCCACCUCUGGACUCCUGCUUCAUGAGACCGGCCCGGCCCGCCAACCGCCGACCCCCCUCUCGCUGGGCCAUCCGCUCCCCCUCCUCCUCCCCGAAGUGGAGCGAGGGCAUGAAGAGGAGGUUCACCUUCCCGCCAUCGGGACGCCGGAAACCCAUCCUGGAGGGCGAGGAGCCGGCCUGAGGACUCGUCCUCCACCUCGGUCUGAAAAGACCCGAUACCUCAAAGAAGCCACCCGAUACAGGGGGGUGAAUAGAAGGGGGAGGGUUGGACCCUGAAGUAGCACCAGCGGACCGUUGAGGAACCAGAACCUACUGUAAAGAACACAAAAUGUACAUUUCCACAAGAGGUGCCUCUGCAUUCGACUUUGUUUUCCCUCAUUUGUUUGUACAAGUCUGGACUUUCUUCAGGUCAAAGCUGUAAGUCAGCAGCAGCAAAUGUUCUUCUUCUUCUUCUUGUCUCAUUUGUUGCACUUCUCCUCGGUUUGUCUUGCAGUGGUUCAUUCCAGCUCUUUCUGAAGGAGCCCGUUCUUUGCUUAGGAUUCAGGAUUUAUGGAUUCUGUUUCAGGAACAGCCACAAACACAAGCAAAUAAUGAAAUGAAAAAGCGGUUCUGCUUCGCCAGAGUCCCAUGAUGUCAUUAAUGAGGUCUAUUUCUAUGUUCUGAUGAAUGUUGGGCUCGUUGGGUGACGACGUACUAAAGAACCUCGAGCAUAUUUUCCAGCAGAGGUUGGAUAUCAGAAGCGUGUUUGCAUGCCUUUUCUGCAGUAGCACUUUAGUGCAUGUACAUACGAGCUCUAGUCUUUUGUAGCCACUCGGCGUGGCUCUGAGGGGAACUCCUCCUAAGGGAACUCUUGUUUACUUGUUUUCUUUGUUGUUGUUGUUGUCAGAUUAUUUGCAUCUACAGACAUGAGAACAGUUUUGAGUAAUUAUUGUCUUUGUUACUGUUGAUGGAAAACUUUUUUGGGGCAAGAAAUCGUGGAAUUCAAACUAUGAAUGUUUUAAAAAAAAAAAAAGUCUAUGUCAAAAAAGUCUAUCAAUCUAUAGUGUCCUGUAAAUUGUAAAUGGUAAUAAAAACAAAUGUGUGUUUCCA